UCUCCGGCAGCAUAAUGUAAGGGGUUUCAUCGAUUUCAUCGGUUUCAGGCCAAACAUACAUGAAAUAGUACGCUUUUUGCGAUAAAAAGUGAUAUAAAGUGGUAAAAAAUAAGACAAGGACAAAUGUUUUGUUAUUGGACCAAAUGGCUAAUGCUCUUCCAGAUGCAAGAGGUUUCAAUCCGAUUCGUCAAGCCAUCUCGACGUAAUCGGCAAGCAUACCUAAAAAUCACGGUUUUUUGGUAAAAAGAUGGGUAAAAAAUGACAAAUUGCAAAAAGUCUUGACAGCAGGAUCACCGGGGGAACAUGCUCUACAGGAUGCAACAGGAUUCAUUCCGAUUGAUCAAGCCAUCUCGGCGUUAUCGGUGAACAGACAUUAAAAAAAAAAAAGAAAAGAAAAAAAAUAUACAUGUCGAAUUGAGUAACCUCCUCCUUUUCGAAGUCGGUUAAAAAGUGAGACUUGACGCUAAUGUGCAUGCGUCGAAUUCGAGAACUAUACCAAAAAUUCCAUCUCGAUGACACAUACUCACAUAUAGACAUAUAGAGAUAUGACAUAUAGACAUAUACUCAAUAUACAUUUCUACAUACAUUUCUAUAUUUCUAUAUACAUUUCUAUAUACUCAAAGAGUAGUUCGGCAAACCGUCCAAAAUUUCAAUUCGCGCCUUUCCCCACUGCUAUCACCCAUUGACUGUAGCGCUUGCGCACAACUGCUUACUCGUAACUUUGGCAUGGGAGAUGUUGGUUACGGACUACACUAUAGCUUGAGCAGUCCAUGUAUGUAUGGUCGAAGGUUUGAACGGGUAUGCGUGGAGUGGGGGAUGACGGUCAUGCGGCGUUCAGCAGGCGUUCAGUCCCAUUUAUUCCGUUAUAGCGAGUCGUGGCAUUGAGUCGCGUAUUCUUCGAUCUGCAUUAUCGUUAAUAUAGUUAUAGUGUUACUUGUUAACUACAAUCUAUUUACUUCCCUAAUCGCGAUCCCUAACAAGGCGAAGUUGGCACCAGCUUGUGUUUAAAUAACAGACAGAUCUCCAACAAGACCAACUUUCUCUCUCCUCAGAUUGAUUCCGAUAAAGUAUGAAAAACGCGAUUUUGGUAUACGUUUGGAGAACGGAAGCUACACCGGGCUGAUGGGACUGCUUCAGCGAAACGAAGCUCAUAUUAUUUUGCGAACAGGGUACUAUACUGGCCGCGCGAGUUUGUUGGACUAUACGACACCUGUCUCCUAUACUCAAUAUCAGUUGUACAUAAAGCCGGAAUACAAACACAGCAACACAUGGAUAAUUAUGGUGUUCGAGCGUCGUAUUUGGUACAUCCUACUGUUUAUGUUUCUCGUGCUCAGCCUGGCUGGGUACGUCCUCCAAAACAAACAACACCGCAACUCGAGAAAAAAAAAACGAAAACAGGAGCGCGAACACUUCACUUUCAUCGACCAUGUCUUUUACACGUACUCCAUAAUGUGCAGUCAAGGUCACAUUCCAAAUUCUUAUCAUAGUCAGAUCAAGAUACUAUCGCUGUCGAAAAGUGUAUUCGCGUGGUUGAUUCUGCUGAGUUUUAGCUCGGAUCUUAUUUACCAAAUGACGAAUCGUGUCAUGACACUUCCGUUCAAAAACUUCGACACCUUAUUAAAGAAAACUAACUACGAUGUAUUAGUUUUUAAAGGGUCCAUGAUUUACGAGUUCGUAAAGGCUGGUGUUGAACGAUCGCUAAAGCUGUCCAAGCAUUACGACGCCACGAAACGUAUACAUUUCAUAGAGGACUCGAGCAUGAUGCAUAAGACUGUUUGCCACAGCAAGAAAAAGUACGCGAUGUUGGAAACCGAGGACAAAGUAUACAUGAAGAACAGACACGCGUGUCACGUGAUUCCAGUAGGUGACAAUUACUUUCAAACUUGGACUGGAUUUGCUUUGCCGAAACGUUUUCCAUAUAAGAAGGUCAUAAAUGUAUCAAUAUUGAAGCUACACGAAUUUGGCUUGAUAGACGUCCUAAAAGAUCGCUGGUUCAAACAUCGAAUCAAGUACGAGCAGAAAAAAACGUUCAAGACGAUCGAUAUGGAACAAGUGUAUUUGAUUCUAUGCAUACCGUUCGUCGGUAUCGCUCUAUCCCUGGUAGUACUGUUCUUCGAAAAAGCUAUAUCUUUCUGUGAAAAUAAUUCUAAACGAUUAACAUAAGUACAAAGAACUGUACGGGCGUUCUGCUUUGAUUAGUUCGCGACUGCAUUUUUUAAUAAAAAAUACUCUAUUUAC